AUGCUCACCCCGACAACCACUUCAGCUGCAACAGCAACACUCACCUUUGACAAAACCCAAAACAGCGCCCUCACACGCAUCCCGCCCACCUACCGCAUCCAGAAAAGACCCAUCCCACAUGCCGCCGUCGCGUCACCUUAUGCAGGCACACACGUCCCCAAAAUCGUCUAUGUCGGCAGCAAAACCCCGUUUAUGAGCGCGAUCAAGCGCGUGCAAAAGCUAUUACAUCUUGCCGAGAGGCGCGCAAUGGCGCCGUUGGUUGAUGAGAAGGCUAAGAAGCGGCGACAGCAUACCUCUCAACACCAUCAUCAGCAUGGGAAAAGAAGAGACCAAGGAGGAGAUGAAAAAGUGGUGCUGGAAGAAUGUCUACGGAAACUCCGUCAGGAAAAAGUCUUGAUCAAGGCCACAGGCAGGGCGAUUGAAAAAGCACUGUCCCUGGGCAGUUGGUUUCAGGAAAAGGCGCAAGAGUAUGAGGUGGGUAUUCGCACGGGUAGUGUGUGUGUGGUGGAUGAUAUUGUGCGGUUGGAGGAGGAUGGGGUGAAUGUGUUCACCAUGGUAGAUACCACCAAAGACGAAGGAGAUUCUGAUGCAGAGACAGCAGCAGAUGUCGACGAGACAGAUGCCAUGGAUACCACCAUGGGCAAUUCCGAAAACAUGGACAAUGCCGGCGGCGACGGCGACACCGCCAUGGAUGUCGAUGUCAUGGACGUUGACGCACAACCAGCAGAAUCCAAAAACCAGCGUCGCCGACGCAGACGCCGCGACAGAGAGCGCCAGCACCGACUACAAACGUCUCUCGACUCUGACGGCGAACCACCCGAGUCGCGCACGCGCUGGGUCAGCAUGAUCGAAGUCGCCGUCAGCCUGAAAUAG